CACGCAGUAUCCAACCAACCGGCCGGCAGUGCUGUCCUGCCCGAUCGCGCCGCGUGCCCGCCACCAAAACAGUGAUAUGCCCACAAGUUUAGUGAUCCAACCUAUAUAUGAACUUAUCUGAGUGCUGUGAAUAUACCGUUAACCUGGAUCGUGUAAUCAAAAUCGAGAGUCCCAGCAGCAUGAAGCUGGAGUGGACAGAGUCGGAAUCAGACUACGGUCUGGAGGAAGCGGCGUUCUACGAGGGUCCCGCACAACCUGCGCCGCCGCCUCGUAAGCACGUCUCGUUCAGCUUGCGCCUUGACUUGUGCGAUGAGGGUGGUGGCGUGGCGGAGUGCAUUAAGACUGAACCUCCCGAGCCGGAGGAACCGCGUACGAUGCAAAAGGUGCCUUCUCUCUCCGACUUAUCCGACCCGGAGGCCUCCUUAGACAUCCCAUCGCAGGUGCCGCCGCUCACGCCCGGCACUAACAAGAAGAUGGCCGAGGCGCUGAAGGCUACCUUCGCCUCCUGGGAGAAGGAGCAACUGCGUCUCGGCGUACCUAAAGAUCCUCGGCAAUGGAGCGAGGCAGCAGUGGCGGCAUGGUUGCGCUGGGCCGCGCGCGAAUUCUCGUUGGAGGGCGUGGCGCUGCAACAGUUUGCGCGCACACAAGGGAAAGACAUCUGCGCAAUGGGCCGCGAGGAGUUUGUCGCACGCGCACCCGCGUUCAUGGGCGACAUCCUUUGGGAACACCUCGAGAUACUGCAGAAAGACGUGGAGAAGGAGCGGUCCCUGCUAGCGAAUGUUCCCCCGAACAUGUACGAGAGCAACGUAUGCUUGCCCGAGCUCCCAGACUACAUACCUCCGCCUGCGCACCACUACAACAACAACAACAACAAUACCGGAGGCUACACAACAGGCGGUCCUCGAGAACCGAACGCGUACGGUUACACAGAAAGCGGCGGCGGCGCAGCGGCACCAGCGUCGGCGCCGGCACCAGCGGCUCCGUCCCCUCUUGACGAGUACUACCAGCCGGAGUAUCCGCCUGCGCCCCCUGCCGCCUCCGCACAGCCCUACCUCGACGACUACUACCACCACGCGCACGCGCAUACGCAACCGCUGCUCACGCAUACUGAGCACAAGUACCAAGCGCAUGGGUACACGAAGCCGUAUCCCAGAGGCGCGGGAAGCAGGUACGGCGGCGAAGGCUACGGCGAAGGGUACGCGGCGGAAUACGGCGGCGCGUGCGCCGAAUGGGGCGAAUGGCCAAGCGAGCAACAUGCGCUCAUCCCACAGGACAAACUCGCUUACCCCGCUUCCGGACCAUGUUUUACCGGUUCAGGGCCGAUUCAGUUGUGGCAAUUCCUCCUGGAGCUCCUCACCGACAAGAGCUGUCAGGGAUUCAUCUCCUGGACUGGCGACGGCUGGGAGUUCAAACUUACUGACCCCGAUGAGGUCGCUCGUCGCUGGGGUAUCCGCAAGAACAAGCCUAAGAUGAACUACGAGAAGCUGUCGCGCGGCCUACGCUACUACUACGACAAAAACAUCAUCCACAAGACCGCUGGAAAGCGCUACGUGUACCGCUUCGUCUGCGAUUUGCAGAGCUUGCUCGGGAUCUCACCCGAACAAUUGCACGCAAUGUACGAGCCCAAGAUGGAGAAAAAAGACGACGACUGAACUCAACUCACGUUGCUCGAUCGCGACUCACUCUCUACACACGUGGUCGCCCUUAUUCGACUUUAGUACCACACGCUGGCAAUUGCCAUUUAGCAGUCCAUACGUAAAAAAAAACUAUUUCGAAGUUCUUAAUUUGAACUUUUAUUCUUUUUUUUUAUUAUAACUGACAGUCACAAAAAUAGAGAUACCA